AUGAAGAUUUUUUCUUCCAUUCUAACUCAUUCAUUCUUCAGGUGCACCACAAAAUUCAUCAUUUGCCUGUUUUGGAUUGGAUAUUCGCAAGGGACCACGCAUGUUCUACGAUUUGGGGGGAUUUUCGAGUAUGUUGAAUCUGGUCCUUUUGGGGCAGAAGAAUUAGCCUUCAGAUUUGCUGUGAACACAAUUAACAGAAACAGAACUUUGCUGCCAAAUACAACAUUGACAUAUGAUACUCAAAGGAUAAAUCUGUAUGACAGCUUUGAGGCAUCUAGAAAAGCAUGUGAACAGUUAUCUCUGGGAGUAGCAGCUAUAUUUGGACCAUCACACAGCUCCUCAGCAAAUGCAGUACAAUCAAUUUGCAAUGCUCUUGGGGUUCCACAUAUUCAAACACGUUGGAAACAUCAAGUCUCUGAUAACAAGGAUUCCUUCUAUGUCAGUCUGUACCCCGACUUUUCUUCACUCAGUCGGGCAAUCCUUGAUUUGGUACAGUUCUUCAAAUGGAAAACAGUUACUAUUGCUUAUGAUGACAGCACAGGUCUUAUUCGACUACAAGAGCUUAUCAAGGCACCUUCCCGAUACAACUUGAAACUUAAAAUCCGUCAGCUCCCUCUUGAUACAAAGGAUGCCAAGCCAUUACUGAAAGAAAUGAAGCGAGGCAAAGAAUUCCAUGUAAUCUUUGACUGCAGUCACGACAUGGCAGCUGGCAUACUAAAGCAGGCAUUGGCAAUGGGAAUGAUGACAGAAUAUUAUCAUUAUAUUUUUACAACACUGGACUUGUUUGCAUUAGAUGUUGAACCUUACAGAUACAGUGGUGUUAACAUGACUGGAUUCCGAAUCUUGAAUAUAGAAAACAGUCAAGUAUUAUCCAUCAUAGAAAAAUGGUCUAUGGAACGAUUACAAGCACCUCCCAAGCCCGAUUCUGGGUUGUUGGAUGGAUUUAUGACGACGGAUGCAGCUCUGAUGUAUGAUGCAGUCCAUGUGGUAUCGGUAGCUGUUCAGCAGUUUCCACAAAUGACAGUCAGUUCAUUACAGUGUAAUCGCCACAAACCAUGGCGAUUUGGUUCUCGUUUCAUAAGUCUCAUUAAAGAAGCUCACUGGGAAGGCCUUACAGGCAGGAUAACUUUCAACAAAACCAAUGGCUUACGGACAGAUUUUGAUUUAGAUGUCAUCAGUCUCAAGGAAGAGGGCCUUGAAAAGAUUGGAACUUGGGAUCCAGCUAGUGGCCUGAACAUGACAGAAAGCCAUAAAGGAAAACCUGCAAAUAUCACAGGAUCUUUAUCCAAUCGGUCACUGAUUGUUACAACUAUUUUGGAAGAACCAUAUGUGAUGUUCAAGAAAUCUGAUAAACCAUUAUAUGGAAUACACAGAUUUGAAGGCUAUUGUAUCGACCUAAUUAAAGAAAUAUCUGAGAUUCUUAAUUUUACUUAUGAAAUCAGACUGGUGGAGGAUGGUAAAUAUGGAGCCAAAGAUGAAACUACUCAACAGUGGAAUGGGAUGGUUCGUGAACUUAUGGACCAUAAAGCUGACCUUGCAGUUGCACCGCUGGCUAUUACCUAUGUACGAGAACAGGUCAUCGACUUUUCCAAACCGUUUAUGACUCUUGGAAUAAGUAUUUUGUACCGAAAGCCCAAUGGUACAAACCCAGGCGUCUUUUCCUUCCUGAAUCCUCUUUCCCCUGAUAUCUGGAUGUAUAUUCUGCUGGCUUACUUGGGUGUCAGUUGUGUGCUCUUUGUCAUAGCCAGGUUUAGCCCUUAUGAAUGGUAUAACCCACACCCUUGCAACCCUGACUCAGAUGUGGUGGAAAACAAUUUUACCUUGCUAAAUAGUUUCUGGUUUGGAGUUGGAGCUCUCAUGCAGCAAGGUUCUGAGCUUAUGCCCAAAGCUCUUUCCACAAGGAUAGUGGGAGGAAUAUGGUGGUUUUUCACACUUAUCAUCAUUUCCUCGUAUACUGCAAAUCUAGCUGCAUUUCUUACAGUGGAACGCAUGGAAUCCCCUAUUGACUCUGCAGAUGAUUUGGCCAAACAAACCAAAAUAGAAUAUGGUGCAGUUCAAGAUGGAGCAACAAUGGCAUUUUUCACGAAAUGUCACAUCCCAACUUAUGAGAAAAUGUGGGCUUUUAUGAAUAGCAGAAGACAGUCAGUACUUGUCAAAAAUAAUGAAGAAGGUAUUCAGCGCGUGCUCACCUCUGAUUAUGCCUUUUUAAUGGAGUCAACAACCAUUGAAUUUGUCACGCAGCGCAACUGUAACCUGACACAGAUUGGAGGCCUUAUAGAUUCAAAAGGCUAUGGAGUUGGAACUCCCAUGGGGUCCCCAUAUAGGGAUAAAAUCACUAUUGCCAUUCUUCAACUACAAGAAGCAGGAAAACUUCAUAUGUUAAAAGAAAAAUGGUGGCGAGGAAAUGGUUGCCCUGAGGAAGAAAGCAAGGAAGCAAGUGCUUUAGGAGUUCAGAACAUUGGAGGAAUUUUCAUUGUUUUGGCAGCUGGCCUUGUUCUUUCUGUUUUUGUAGCAGUUGGAGAAUUCCUCUACAAGUCAAAAAAAAAUGCUCAGUUGGAAAAGAGAUCUUUCUGUAGUGCAAUGGUGGAGGAACUGAGGAUGUCUUUAAAGUGUCAACGACGGUUAAAACAUAAACCACAGCCUCCUGUUAUUGUGAAAACAGAGGAAGUUAUCAACAUGCACACGUUUAAUGACAGAAGAUUACCAGGAAAAGAAACUAUGGCAUAG